AUGCCCGACGGACCGUCUUUUCAUACUGAAGAUCUCCUUGGAUCCAUAGGAUAUGCACAAGCGGUUGAAGCCGGCUCGUCUGGUAUAGACGUGAUCAUCGUUGGCUGCGGGUUCGCUGGCAUAACUUGUGCGAUCGAAUCAGUAAGGAAGGGACAUAGCGUGACGGUCCUGGAGAAGUACGACGAGCUACGCAUGAUAGGUGAUGUCAUCAGCUUCGGCUUGAAUGUUGGACGGUUCUUCAUGCGUUGGGGCCUUCAUGAUCGGUUAUGGCCCUUGUGCGGACACGCCACAGAGCUACAGCUUUACAACCAUCUGGGCGAGCUUCUCAACAAACAACCGUUCCAGCAAAGCGCGCCUGGCACCUGCUCAUACAACGGCCACCGCGGCGAGAUCUUCGCAGCAUUACUGGACUACGCUCGAGAGAUCGGGGUGCGAAUCCGGACGGGAUGCGACGUGGUAGAGUACUGGGAAGACAAUGAACACGACAAGGCCGGUGUGGUGCUCGAGGGUGGGGAGCGACUAGUCGCGGAUGUUGUGAUCGGCGCCGACGGCGUUCACAGCCGUGCGCGCAACCUUAUAUUGGGGUACGAUGAUAAGCCUAUAUCAUCUGGCUACGCCAUCUACCGAACGUGGUUCAAUGCGCAAGACGUCGGUAUCGACAAGGAUCCGUUGACGGACUUCCUUGCCCGCGAUGAGGACAUCUUCAAAUGUUGGAUCGGACAGGACAUGCAUCUGAUCGUCACCAACUGCCAAAAGGGCACGCGCGUCAGCGCUCUAUUGACCCAUGUCGACUCUACCGAUAUCGGCGAAUCCUGGUCCUUCCCCGGCGAUCGCGCCGAUGUCCUAAAACUCGUAGAGGGCUGGGACCCGGUCUGUGCUGCCGUGCUGUCCAAGGCGCCUCACUUCGUGGAUUGGAAGCUCGUGGGCCGGGAACCUCUCCCGACAUGGGUAUCCAAGCAUGGUCGACUUGCAAUCAUCGGAGAUGCCGCGCAUCCGUUCCUCCCGACCAGCGUACAAGGCGCAUCACAGGCGGUUGAGGAUGGCGUAGCUCUCGCGAUUGCUCUGCAGCUUGGAGGAAAGCGAGAUAUACCGAACGCAGUGCGCACCUGGGAACACAUACGAUACAAACGCGUUCGAUAUGCACAAGUUCUCGGCGAGACGACGCGUAACAAGUGGCACAGGGCCACAGCUGGCGAACAUGGCGAGAAGCUCAGCUUGCCGAGACCAGACUGGCUUCUCAACUUCGACGAGGAACGCCACACAUACGAGGUUUUCCAUGCUGUGAAGGAGAGGUUGCAACGAGAUGGGUACUCCAGGCCUACGUUGCCCGAGGACGAUCGUGCUGCCCCCUCACUAGAGUGA